AUGUUUCAGUUAUUGCAGAGCUUAUGGCCAUUGAUGAUCUAUGUGGUUGCAGCUCUUAAGGGAGAAAUAAUUUCUAGCGGAGGAGAGUAUACAAUUGAGUUGGAUCUUGAAGAAGAGUUCUCGAGUUUGGCUCUUGAUAUUAGAGGGGUUAAUGUGUUCAACUUUGGCUCUGUCACAAAAGACUCCUCUGAUGCAAGUCUUUUACGGUUCUUGGUCGACGGACGCGGUGUUGAUAUUGAUGACUGGCAGGCAAGAUUAUAUAACUUACGAUCUCCAUCCUUUUGGGACAACCCACAAGAGUUUGAGCCUGAGAAGUUCUUAAGAACAUGGGAGAACAAUGGUAUUGAAGGCUGGACUGGCUUUGAUCCUUCUCGAAGCCAUGGUGCACUUUACCCCAACGAGGUCCUUGAUUUUGUUCAGAAAGAAGAGCAAGUGUUGAGCUUUACGCUGAGAAGGUUGCCAACAGAGAUCUCUGUGUCGGAGUCUCUCCGUUACAAGCUCCUCGGUGGUCUUGCCGUUCGCAGGGCUUGCUAUGGUGUCUUUAAAUCCAAUGGAUGGAUGUGAGGUCAUUGUAAGUGGAAAGCUUCGUGCAUCACGUAGCCAAAUCCAUGAAUACAUCGACUCCGUAGUCAGAAACUGCGCUCAAAUAUAUACAGGUUAGUGCAGCUGUUAAGCUACUGGUGAGAAUGAAACGAAAACAAACUUUCAAAUCUUGUGCGGAUGAUAAAAUCUUCUGCAGCUAAAAAAUGUGAAGUACUAUUGGGCAGAACAAGGUCAAGGUGGAAAAGAGAUGUUCGAACCAUUGAAUAGAUUUUCACUUCUAU